CUUGGCCAAGGAAGGAAGAGCAUUGGUUGGCAAGGAGACUUGGUGGUUCAUCCAAGCCUCAACUUUCAUUUAAUCUGCUCAAAACGUGGAACAAGCAUUAACUGCUGCAGUGAUGCCUCCUCAACCUCAUGCCAGUUUUCUAGACAACAUGCCCUUGCGAAGUUUUGGCAAGCUGAGCAUGGAGACCAGAAAAGAUGGUGAGAGUACGGCCCCUGCUCCUCCCCAGAAGCUGUUCUGCCAGUGCCACCACCACUGCCCUGAGGACUUGGUCAACAGCACCUGCAGCACUGAUGGCUACUGCUUCACCAUAAUAGAAGAAGAUGAGUCCGAUGGACAUUUAGUCAUCAAGGGAUGUCUUGGAUUAGAGGGCUCAGACUUCCAGCGUCGGGACACUCCUAUUCCACACCAAAGAUCUAUUGCAUGUUGCACAGGCCAAAAUUACUGCAACAGACACCUUCACCCUACGCUGCCACCACUGAAGAAUCAAGACUUUGCUGAAGGAAACAUUCACCACAAGGCCCUGUUGAUCUCGACUGUUUGCAGCAUCCUUCUGGUGCUUAUUAUCAUAUUCUUCUACUUCAGAUACAAACGCCAAGAGACGAGGCCCCACUACAGCAUCGGGCUGGAGCAGGAUGAAACCUACAUUCCCCCUGGAGAUUCCCUGAAGGAUUUGAUCAAGCAGUCCCAGAGCUCAGGGAGUGGUUCUGGGCUCCUUCUCCUGGUUCAAAGGACCAUCGCAAAACAGAUUCAAAUGGUGAAGCAGAUUGGAAAAGGUCGCUAUGGAGAAGUCUGGAUGGGAAAGUGGCAUGGCGAAAAAGUAGCAGUGAAAGUGUUUUUUACUACAGAGGAGGCCAGCUGGUUCAGAGAAACAGAAAUCUACCAGACUGUCCUGAUGAGACAUGAAAAUAUUCUUGGAUUCAUUGCUGCAGAUAUUAAAGGUACAGGAUCUUGGACCCAGCUGUAUCUUAUCACUGACUACCAUGAGAACGGCUCACUUUAUGAUUAUCUAAAAUCUACUACUUUGGACACAAAAGCCAUGCUGAAACUGGCUUACUCCUCUGUCAGUGGCUUGUGCCACCUGCACACUGAGAUCUUCAGUACUCAGGGCAAACCUGCUAUUGCCCACUGUGACCUAAAGAGUAAGAAUAUCCUGGUGAAAAAGAACGGCACGUGCUGUAUAGCAGAUUUGGGCUUGGCUGUUAAAUUUAUCAGUGGCACAAAUGAGGUAGACAUCCCUCCAAAUAAUCGUGUAGGAACAAAACGUUAUAUGCCUCCUGAGGUGCAUAUAAACCUGAAUAGAAAGCACUUUCAGUCCUACAUCAUGGCUGAUAUGUACAGUUUUGGACUCAUCCUUUGGGAGAUAGCAAGGAGAUGUGUUUCAGGAGGUAUAGUUGAGGAAUACCAGCUUCCAUACCAUGACCUCGUGCCCAGCGACCCCUCCUACGAGGACAUGAGGGAGAUCGUGUGCAUCAAGAGACUAUGCCCCUCAUUUCCCAACAGAUGGAGCAGUGAUGAGUGCCUGCGGCAGAUGAGGAAGCUGAUGAUGGAGUGCUGGGCUCACAGCCCUGGCUCCCUGCUCACAGCCCUGCGCGUCAAGAAAACACUCGCCAAAAUGUCGUCCCAGGACAUUAAACUGACUGCCAGAGCAGAGGCCCCUGGAAAUGGACUUUGUUGUGCAGGCAGAAGUCCUGAAGAUGUAUCAAAAGUCUUUGCUAAGUACCUUGAAUAG